AUGUUGUUCAUCCAGGCUCUCCGAUCACUCCCCUUGGUGAUGGUGACCUGUGGUAUGCGGUGCCUGAACAGUCUCAUGAGUCUGCUUUUGUCCCAAGUCCCCCAGUGCAGGUGCAAACCGGUCCACCCUCUCAGGCAGUGGCAGUCGAGGGGCCAACUCAGGAGGCAGACCCUGCUAUCUCUGCACCGGUCUCACCUGUGGGCUCCGUCAAUGCUGACUUACGGAGGAGCAGUGAGCUGCACAGCGUGGAGUCUGGCUCCACAGCUUGGACAAACACAGUUGCCGGCCCUAAAGCUGGCAUUCGCGCUUCAUAUUGAGCUCACAACUACGCUCUGUGCGUGGCGUCUUGCAGGGUCAACUGAGGACACCUCCCGCAUGUUUGGUGUGCGUGUUGUCACAUACCAUUACGGUGGGGCACCCGGUUCUACGCGCCUCCUGCGCUGGGUCUCUAGUGGCCAUCAGUUAAAGGAGGCGCCUGGAACUUUUGAAAUAGCUGCUGUGAGUUUGCACAAAAGCACAUUUCUCCCCAGUGACGCCUGUGCCUAUCUCUCUACAGGAAACAAGUUGCGGGACAUAAACAUGCAGGAAGUACAAUACCUUAUCCUGGCAGUUGUGUGCAGCCUGUCUCUCGGCAGCAAGAUUCCCUUGGACAUGGCACUGGAUGCUGUCGAUGACAUGUAUGACGGAUGCUCCAAAGACGCACUGAACAAGUUUGUUCUCUCAGAUCUGCUCCAAGAAGAAAUGAACCAAAGCAUCAUUUUUCAGAAAGCCUGGCAUCAGUCCCAGUCAGCCUGCCCCAAGCUGAUACCAGGAGGGCUGAAGCAACACACCACUGCACUGCUGACCAUUGCCAGUGAUGACGACUCGUUUAGAAAGACCCUAAACAACGCUGUGUUUACCGAUGGAGCAAAUAGCACUAUCUACGAAGAACAUUUUAACUAUAAAUCUAUUCACUUUCUUCUGAUGGAUUCCCUUCGACUGCUUCACACAGCUGAGGAGUUCAGAGUGGAAGAUGUGAGGACUGUCAAGGAGGAUGAAGACUUAUCGUAUCAUUUAAUCGUUUUGAAACAUUCCAAGCUGAAGAGCGAGCACAACUGCUAUGUGUUUUCAAGGUCACCCGACUUCAACUUCCACUGUUUUUUCCUGGCACUUCUGUCUCCAUUCUUUCUUUUCAUGAGUUGA